AUGGCCAGACCCUGGCAGGCCCCACAGAUACUGUUGGCCAUUCUGGUGGCCCUGGUGGCCCUCACCUACCAAGAAAAAAGGAAAACCUUUAUGAGUGUCCAAGAAGUACCUGCAUCAGAAACCAAUGUGAUAGCCACCAUGCAGUUUGUGACCAAGGAGUUCAAUAAGGAAAGUGACGACAAGUACAGCUUCCGGAUUGUGCAAGUCCUGAAGGUCAAGGAGCUGCAAAUUGAGUGCUUCUACUCAGUGUUUGUUAUCCCCUGGUUUGAAAAGUACAAAAUUCUGAACAAAAACUGCACCAAUGGCUAG